AGGGAAGGCACCUGGAGACAGCUCCACCUGUGCCCCAGGGAGCUGGAGGCGGGUGCGGGGGCAGAGGAGGUAUAAAAGGACCAACCCUACAGAAGGCUGAAGGCACCGGGCUCCUGGGAGGACUGAGCUUAACCAAGUCUCUCUCCCAGCUUUCUCAUCUGGCAGCCCCUGAGCCACUGACACCAUGGUGGGAGUCCGGCUCCCUCCCCUGCUAACCGUGCUGCUGUCCUUAGCCCUGGAAACUGCUGGACAAGAUCAGGGUAACAGAGAAGGCGAACGAAUUAUAGAUGGCUACCCAUGUGAAAAAGGCUCCCACCCAUGGCAGGUGGCUCUCCUCAAAGGCAAUCAGCUUCACUGUGGAGGAGUGCUGGUCAGCGAGCGCUGGGUGCUCACAGCAGCCCACUGCAAGAUGGGUCAGUACACAGUGCAUCUGGGCAGUGAUAAGAUAGGGGAUGAAAGUGCCCAGAAGAUCAAGGCCACGAAGUCCUUCCGACACCCUGGCUACUCCACAAGGACCCAUGCCAAUGACAUCAUGCUCGUGAGGCUGAAUAAGCCAGUCAAGAUGUCACCCAAAGUGCAGAAAGUCAACCUUCCUACGGUCUGUGAACCCCCAGGAACCUCCUGCACUGUCUCUGGAUGGGGCACCACAACCAGCCCGGAUGUGACCUUCCCCACUGAGCUCAUGUGCUCGGAUGUGAAGCUUAUCUCCUCCAAGGACUGCAAGAAGGUGUACAAAAACCUGCUGGGGAAGACCAUGCUGUGCGCUGGCGUUCCUGACUCGAAGACCAACACCUGCAACGGUGACUCAGGGGGACCCUUGGUGUGCAAUAACACCCUUCAAGGUCUGGUGUCCUGGGGAACCUACCCUUGUGGCCAGCCCAACGACCCAGGUGUCUACACUCAAGUCUGCAAGUACCAACGGUGGCUGGAAGUGACCAUGAAAACGUUCCGCUAAUGCUCCAGGAGUCAAGCUGUGAGCCUCAAGGUUGUGCUAAUGGAGUAAGGCCAGUGUGGCUAGGCU